AGGAAUCAUCUGUUCGAGGCCUCUGGGGCUCAAACUGCAAAUUUCUACUGCUUGGGAAUUUAAAUGUAGACUUCAAGUUUCAUUUCCAACUUGCCCCAAAGCUUUUUAAUUUUAGAAGCUUUAAUAUCACAUAAACUUAUUACAGCUGGUGGACUCCGAAGUAUCCAAAGUGCCUCACAGCAUCAUGAGUACAUGCAUUUUUAACACUAGAGGUCCCAUUGGGAAUCAAACCCCAAACCUGCCCUGAACGUCAGUGAACUGUUUUGUUUGAUCAACACAAUAUUAUUAUCCAACCUAUAUAUUCCUGCUUAUCUACUUGUGACACUGCAUGAGGUGACUCCUUAAUUUAAGAUCUUUUGCUAAAGUCAAACUUUGCUAAAUGCUCAGACAGUUAGGAACAGAGGUGGAAGAAGCUUUAUACUUCUUCAACUGGUUUGUGGUUACGUGAAUCACAUUAAAAGGUACAAGCUAAGGGCCUUAAAUGAGUUAAAAGUUUAGGAUUUUUGCUCAUUCGCUUUCUUUCCAAGAUUUAUAUGAGAAGAUCAAUGUAGGCAAUUAGCCUAGCUUAGCAUGAAGACUGGUAGCAGGGUAAAACUCGCCUUGUACUGACCAAAGCUGUCAAAAAUAUAUGUAUACCUCAAAGACAACAACCAUGUCUUGGCGAACUUGUAUCUGGUCCACGCUAAAACCUGGACUCACCGACCAUGUGACAAGUAGUUAUGCUAUAAGCUAUAUGCUGUACAGGUGCUGAGUGGUGUGACAGUUUGACUUCUUAAGUUACGAUUUCUAAGUUUUAUUUGUAUCAGGGGUGUCAGCCAGGUCUCUCUCCAGGCAUUUAAGAUGAUUAUGUCAAACUAACUGAAUAUUACUACUUUUUACCAAUACUAAUAUACUGGACUAAUACUAUUACUAAUACUGACCAUUGAAGCCCCCCAAAGAACACAAACACACAUUUUUUUUUUUUACUUCAAAAACCAAAAAUGUAAUCCGAACUCAAAAUUCAACUUCCGGUCAGCUCAGUUCACCAACAGAAAAAACAAAAAAAAUUAUAAUAAAUAAAAUAGAAAAAUUUAGUUUCUCUGCACUUACGGCUACUGUCAGUCAGUCAGUCCAGUCCAGUCGAGUCCAGUGCAGUCCAGUCCAGUCCAGUCAGCAAGUGAUCCAGUCCGGGACGUUGCUUCGCUGUGGAUGAAACAACGGAGUGGAGUGCAGGUAGUUCCCGGAGCACGGCUGUUAACAUGGCGGACGGAUGACGAUCGGUAAAGGGAUUUAACGGCGUCAUUUGAGCGUGUUGCUCCGUGUCGCUCCUGCUGACCUGGCCCUACUCCCUCCUUAAAACUGAAACUGAAUGAAGAGAUGAAUGGUGCCCCCCCCUUUUCCCGCGCAACGUGAAGAAACAGCUUGGCAGCAUCGAAAGAAGCUGCUGCGAGAAAAGCCGCCUCUCCGAUGCCGCCCUCCGAGUUCCUGGACAAACUCAUGGGCAAAGUUUCGGGUUACGACGCCAGGAUCCGACCGAAUUUUAAAGGUCCGCCUGUGAACGUAACCUGCAACAUUUUUAUCAACAGUUUUGGGUCCAUUGCCGAAACAACAAUGGACUACAGGGUGAACAUCUUCCUGAGACAGCAGUGGAACGACCCCCGGCUGGCCUACAGCGAGUACCCCGACGACUCGCUGGACCUCGACCCCUCCAUGUUGGACUCCAUCUGGAAACCCGACUUGUUCUUUGCCAACGAGAAGGGCGCCAACUUCCACGAGGUCACCACCGACAACAAGCUGCUGCGCAUCUCUAAAAACGGCAACGUGCUCUACAGCAUACGAAUAACACUGGUCUUGGCCUGUCCCAUGGAUCUGAAGAACUUCCCUAUGGACGUGCAGACCUGCAUCAUGCAGCUGGAGAGCUUCGGCUACACCAUGAACGACCUCAUAUUCGAGUGGGACGAGAAGGGAGCCGUGCAGGUGGCUGACGGCCUGACGCUACCUCAGUUCAUACUCAAAGAGGAGAAGGACCUGCGCUACUGCACCAAGCACUACAACACAGGUAAAUUCACCUGUAUCGAGGCUCGUUUCCACCUGGAGCGUCAGAUGGGUUACUACCUGAUCCAGAUGUACAUCCCCUCGCUGCUCAUCGUCAUCCUGUCCUGGGUUUCCUUCUGGAUCAACAUGGACGCCGCGCCCGCCCGGGUGGGUCUGGGCAUCACCACCGUGCUGACCAUGACCACGCAGAGCUCCGGUUCCAGAGCCUCCCUGCCCAAGGUGUCCUACGUAAAAGCCAUCGACAUCUGGAUGGCCGUGUGUCUGCUGUUCGUGUUCUCCGCCCUGCUGGAAUACGCCGCCGUCAACUUCAUCGCCCGCCAGCACAAGGAGCUGCUGCGCUUCAGACGGAGGCGACGACACAUGAAGCCUGAGUCUUGGCCUGUGUUGCAGGAGGAUGAGACGGGCGAGGGGCGCUUCAGCUUCCCCGGCUACGGCAUGGGCCCCGCCUGCCUGCAGGCCAAGGACGGCAUGGCCAUCAAGGGCAACAACAACAACGCCCCGGCCUCGGCCGCGCCCGAGAAGAGCAUUGAGGAGAUGAAGAAGCUGUUCAUUAGCCGGGCCAAGCGCAUCGACACGGUGUCCCGCGUGGCCUUCCCGCUCGUCUUCCUAAUUUUUAACAUUUUCUACUGGAUCACUUACAAGAUCAUCCGCAGCGAGGACAUCCACAAGCAGUAGUCGAGAGGCGGGAGGAGGAGGAGGAGGAGGAGUGUGAAAACGGUGCGAAGAGGAAGAGCGCAGAGAAACAAAACGAGAGAAGGAAACAGAGAGAGAGAUGACUUCAAUAGGAGAUACCAUGGCCCCUUUUUUCACGCCAACCACGCCUCCUUUCCUUGUCCUCUUCCUUCAACCGCUUCCUCUUUUGGUGGAGGAUGAGAUGCUAUUUGUGGCGAUCACCACCCUCAACCCUUCCUGACUCCUACUACACAUUAUUUCAGAUAUUUAUUGCUUUUCUUUUCCCCUUUAUUCUCCUCUCUCCCACCCCGAACCCCAGCCCCGUUCCCGUCUCUUUACACCUCCUGAAUAAUCCGGACCAGUGCAAUAGCAAUGCAGUAAAAUGCAUGAUAUAUGAAUGUGGCAAUAUAUAAAUGAAAAGAUGAAAAAUGAAAAAGUAAACACAGACUUUUGCGGGCGCACCCAACGAACUGUGUGGGAGUGGACGGACUGGAAGGAAAGGAGACGACGAGGGAGUCUUGUAAAACGUCUUGUAUUUGAUUUUAGGUUUUUCUUUUUGUGUGAAGACAGAUAUAUAAUUCUAUAUGAAAAAGUGAUGUGGGGGAUGGGGUGGGGGAUGUGCGAGAAGCAUACAGCAGUGUAAUAUACUCAUAUAUCUAUCAUAAAUGGAAUAAAAAUAUGAACCUUAUCUCCAAAAGGCGGGCAUCUGGAAAUGAGGGUUUUUUCACCCCAAAAAAAAAAAAAAAAGGAAGGAAGGGGGGAUCGGUGCUUCCAUUAAUUAAAGCGAUGCAAGGAUCACGCGUUCUAUAUAUCUAGAUUUGCUUCAAAUGUGUAUUGCGAGCACUCGUCAAUGCUUGUCCCCCCCCCCCCUCCCCGCCGCCAACACCACGAAACCUUGAACUGCAGAGACACUUGAGGUUCGCUGCUGCUGCUGUCAAUCACACGACUGGACAAAAAAAAUAAAACAUAAGAAUUAAAAAAAUAAAUAAAUAAUAAAUGAAUAAAAAAAAACACUGGACAAGCAGUGCUGAAGAUUAUGAGACAAAAUAUCUCAUUCAUCUGUGGUCAACGUGUUCCUCUACCUGUCCUUCAUUGAUUUCAUGUUGCAUCUGUCGGUUUGUUUCUUAAUUUAUGUGCCAAUGAAAACAUGUCGCUCGUGGCCGUGCAACGCUCCGCACGCAGCUCCAACCUUUUCCUCAAGAGGAAGGUGGGUGGGGGGUGGGGGGGGUUUGACGUCAGUUGUUGCAUCGAUUGGCGCACCCCCACCUCUCACGCCUCACGUGCUUCUUCUGUGGUUUUUUUUUUUUUAAUCCUUGAAAUAUUAGUUUGUUUUCAUCAACUGCAGAAAGAAACAACUCGAUCCUGGACAGAGCAAGAACGCAGAUCCUCGUUUGCUUCCCUCGUUGUGUUCACUGGGACUGAAACAUAGAUAUGUUUACAUCUUAUUAGUGCUUCCUUGCUUUGACCCCGCCUUAAUGUGACACCCGACCCCUCCCGUCCCCCUGGUUUGAGAGGACAUGUGUAGUAAACUGUACAGAUUAUAACACCUGUUAUACCUUAAUUAACUGUACUUCCAUCUCAUUCACAUGCACCGACUGUAGCUGCGAGCUUCAUGAUGUGUUAAAAGCUACGGCAUCAUCCACUCACAGUGUUAACAACUGCUUUUAUUUUGUCACAGCCAUGUUGGACGGGAUUUGAUCAUUCAGCAGGUCGGUUGGUUUCAAGUUUUGUUAGACUUUUUUAUUUUGCAGGCUUCUUCUAUGCAAUGAUCAGUAUAUGCAAUUAUGAUUUUUUUUUUUUUUUCUUCCUUUUUUAGCUCCUCCAUCUCAAGAGCGCCACCUAUCUGUGAGUUGUUUUCUGACUCAUUCAUCCUGCUGCUAAACUGCUAAACAAAGUCUUUCAUACUUAUCGGCAAAUAUUGAAGGAGCAGAGACGAUUAAGUGAUCAAACAAAGCCUGUCCAGGGCCUGCAGAUGGCUGUAUGGAAACAUGUUUGACAUUAGAAAUGAGCAGGACGCUGACUGAGCCAAACCUCUGAGCCAGGCAGGACUUGGAAAGAAAGUGCAGAAACUUUAAAAGAUAGACAUCUUUUCUUUUUUCUCUCUCUCUCUGUUUCUGUAUGAAUGGUUGUUCCAGACUUUUCCUGUCAUCUUGUCACAUCUGCAUCGUUUACUCAGAAACUCCCAAAGUGCUUCUUUACUUUACCAGAUAGAAAUUUACAGGAAGGUUUUAAUGCAAAAGUGAAAUUUCCAAUUUUGUAGCAAAGCAAAAUUUAAACUGAAUAAUUCAUACUUAGUUUCAUACUCAGAUUAAGAUUUAUUGUAUUCUUAUUGCAUUUUUGACUUUUGAAUUUCUGCCCUAAAAAAGUGUGUCAGUGUGAGUGUUUCAGAGACUUGCAGUAUUUUCCGCAAUACCUUUUUUUUUUUUUUUUUUUUAGCAAACUGUUAAAAAAAAUUGCUUUGUGUGCUAGAGUUAGGCAGGAAGAUAGAUAGCAUUCUGUGGUUAGCCUAGCUUAGCAUGACUGGUUUUACAUUUUGGUUGGUGUACUGAUUACAAUUUAUUGAGAUAUAGCGUGUAAAUUAGCGGGCUGCUUGUUUAGUUGUUGAUAGUUAUAUAGAGCCAGGCUAACUGUUUCCCCCUGUUUCCAGUGUUUAUGCUAAGCUAGGCUAAUAAGUUCCAGCUUCAAACAAAUAUAAAAAUGGUAUCAUCUCUUCUAACUAUUCCAUCACCACACAUUGUUUCGUGAGGCAUUCACUGUCUUGUCCUUGAAGAAUCACCUCAGUCACACAGAGUCCAGAGUUUAAAAGAAAAAAACAAUCGACUGGACUUUUAUUGUGAAGGUUAAAAUGUUUCACACAUCAGCUGUAAUGCUGGAGUGUCUCCUGGAUGAGGACCUUUAAAACAUACUUGACUUCACAAUAAGAGCACAGCGGUGUAUUUCAUUUCGACUUGUCAUCCUUGAGCAUCACGACAUGUUUAAAUCAGCUGUUGGUCACAACGAAAACAACAUUUCACUGAAAACUUGUUCAAAUGUUUAAGCCCCAGUCCAACUUGGUUUUGAAGCAAAACCAAAGAUGUUUUUUUUUUUGUUUGUUUGUUUCUCGUAUUUAAACGUAGUUGUCGGUGCUUUUUGCUGCUGCAGAGUAUUGGGUUAGAUUAACUUCAGAUAUACAAAUAUUAUUAUAAUAUAUACAAAAUAUUUUGAUAUGUAACAUUUCCCACUACAUCCUUGUAUUAUUUAAUUUUUUAAAGUUGUAUAUUUUUAUUUGAUCACCUACCUAUUCCUUAAACCCCAUCCCCUUUAUACCUGCACCAUUUUUACUUGUAUGUUUUUCUUGAUUUGUUUAUUUAUUUAAGCAGAGAACAAUGAGAUGUGUUAUGUUUUUCAUCUGAUGGAACAGAUAACUCUUGUUUAAAUGAGAAGAGAUCAAUCUUACAGUGUGUCAACAUGCAUAUAGGAGAUUUUUUUUAUUAUUAUUCCAUUAUAUUUUAACAGUUUUUCAUGAAUUUAGUUAUUUCAGAGUGUGUCAGACUGAUCCGAAGGGCUAUGCCACGCACAUACAUUCUUCUGUGGAAGUGCCAUAGAAUACGCCUCACCCCAUAAACUAUGCAUUUUAUCCAGUAAAUUAAUCCCAGAUAUAGUGAUGUAAAUCUUUUCAAGGCCAUGAUCACCAAGGACGCAUUUUAUUUUCAUUAAUUUGGUCACAGCAGGUGUAACACUGUCAAGUAAACAGCUGGCAUUUUGGAUGUUAGCUUUUGACUUUGCAUAAAAAAGGUUCAGAAAAAGAAGAAAUUAGCAACUCCUGUUUGAAGCGUCACCUUCAGCAUCUACAAAGUUCCUUAGUUUUCCCAAAGAGCAGCUCGGAGGUUAUGCUAAAAUAAGCUUGCUAGCAGUUACAAAAUGUGAGAGGAGCAACCAUGGUAAGCUAGUCAAAAAGCUAGCGCGCAUGCUAUGCAGCUUGCAAAGAAUUUGUGCUCAACUUGCAGAUAGCAUUUCUUUGUUGAGACAGAUAACACCCUUGUUUUGUGGUCUUUCUUUUAUGCAAGCACCAUAGAUAAACUUCUACCAAUAAAAGACCUUUGUUUUCCCAAAAAACGUAGCACAGAGCUAAAAUUAGCUAGCUUGUAACGUUGACUUUUGUUUUGCAUAACGUCGAGUGGGCAUGGUAUCCUAACAAACAUGCUCUUUAGCUUGGUUGACAGGAAGAUUGUGUGCAACUUUCAGAUAGCAUUUCUUUGUUGAGACAAGUUAUACCCUCCAAUCACCACAGAUAAAGUUCCCACAAUAAAAGCCUUUACUUCCCUUGCUAGCUCGCUAAUAAUGUUGACUUUUAAUGCUUACCUAUGUAGAAGCAAUGUAGCAAAAUAUAAAAAGAGUAGGUUUGUUAGGCCGGUCAAAAAGCCAACACACAUGCUAUUUAGUGCUAUUUAGCAGCACAGGUGAAGUUACAACAAAAGGCAAAGUGCAGCUCAACGCUAGCUUUAAAAUUACCUUGCUAGUAACAUUAACUCUUUUACUUAUGUACGUAGAAGCAAGGUCGCAAAACAGAUCAAAAAUAUUAUUACUUAGCAAGCAAUAUACUAUUUAGCUUCUGCUUUAUGUAAAAUACAAGGAGUUUUAUUUAAAUAGCACGUCACAAGUAAACAAAACGAGUCAUUCUGCAUGCAUGAUACUUGAAUCUACAGAGUCCAAAAAGUCCCAAAAAGAUGUUUUUUUUUAACAGAGAUCCUUAUGUUGUGUGUAUAAGUAAUAGAUCUUUUACACACAAUAAAAUUAAAACAAAAACUGGAAAAAAAAAAACAAAAAAACAUUCUUACCAAGAGGCAGCUUUCAUGAACGGAAGAGUUAGAGACAGUUGCCAAAAUAAAUGUUUGCUGAGCAAGAAAUGGAUAUAUAUUUUGUUGGCUUUCAAAUUGCAAAUAUAAACCAGAGCCAUCUAGAGUUCCUUCAACACAAUUACAUAUUAAAAAAACAAAAAAAAAAACAAACAAACAAAAAUAAAAAAAGAUAUAUCUCUUACUUUGUUUGUAGCGGUGCCUCCUCUCUGAUCACGGCCUAAACCCGACUGGGAAACGUCAGCAGGCUCGGUCUAAUUAGGAUGACUAAUUUUUCCCUCUGUGCCAUAGACACUGCAUCUGAAAAAGUCACUUCAGUCCAUCAGCCUCUUUGCCAACAGCAGUCGUCCAUUUUCUAAAGCGUUCAUACAUAUCUUGUCGUGCCAUACGGGGGGUUGAAUAUGCAACUAAAAGACGAGGACCUACGAGCAUAUCAUACAUUCACUCAGCCGCCAUUUUUCACAUGUUCAUUCCCUUUCCUCAGGUGUGUGUGUUGUGUGUAUCAUAGUCAUGUUAGAGCUUUUGUCAUAGGCCUCACAUCAUUGUAUUAAUCAUUGUUAUACUGUAUGGGGUUGGGGGAGGGAGGGGUUCAUAACAUGAGAUAGAUACUGGGUUUAUAUUGCAUUACGGUGCGAUGUGAUGCGUACGGACUGAACAAUGACGGACGUGUUUUUGGAAGUUUAUAAAUCCUUAGGUUCCGAAGUAGAUUUUAAAGUAGCAUGGUUUGAUUUGUUGAUGAUUAAUGAUUCUAUUGGUUUUUGGGGUUUUGUUUGUUUCUCUUGUAUUUUAUUGUAUGUAUUGUACAAUCUGAUGCCCUGAGGAAAAAGGAAAAAUACAGUGACUCCUGAACUGCUGUGAAGUAAAUGAAACAUUGUUAUUAUUAUUAUUAGGAUUAUUAUAUUUAUUUAUUUGUUUUCUUUGCACAAGUUGGAAUGGCCUUAAUUUUGCUUUACUUGCUUCUAUUGUGUAUUGGCACAAAGUGCACCCGUUUAAUUUGCAGAAAUUAUGAUGCUCAUUAUGAUGCUUAUAAUCUGAGAGUGCACAUCAAAGCAGGAUGAAAAAAAAAAAAAGAAAAGUUCAGCAAAUCCUUUUUAUUUUUCAUUAAUCUGAAAAACAAUAUUUUGCAUGAAUAUAAAUACAAUGGCAGAUAUUUUGGCUUGUACAAAAAAAUGUGAAGCAAUUUGAAGAGAAAAAAAGAAUGUACCGUUUCUGCUGUAUCUGUAUAUAUCUAAAUAUUUAUUGAAAUAUGUCAUACUACUAAUUCUAUUAACGAUUAAAGGUUUUCUGAACAAAAAUCUCUUAUCUGUUUUUGAACAUUGUCAAGGUUGUUGGAGUUGGAUCUUUUGCUUUCUGUUACUCAACUCAAGGAUCUGUGUAAUCAUUAAAGAAAAAGUAUUAAAAAUUGCAAAUAAAUCCUUGCUGGA